AUGAAACCUGUUGGUCUUCGACCACCAUUUAUGGCUCCAACACAUUCAUAUCAACAUGCAAUUGUCGAUCCAACAGCACGUUUUGCAAUGAUUCGUCCACCUGUUCGACCAGCAAUAAAUAAUGGUUAUCCAUCAAAUGGACUUAAUAAUAAUCUAGGUGAAAAUCAACAGCCGAGUGAUUCAAAUCAAGUUAAUGGCCAUGAUAGUCCAUCAUUAUAA